GUCGAAAGGCUGAGUUCCAAACUCUGGACGAUGUGAACUCAAAGGGAGAGCUGACAGUGCAAUUUUCCAAAGAAAUAACGAUCUCAUGCAGCUUCCAGGCGUCCCAAGAGCAGAAAAUUCAGAUACUGCAGACACGGAUAACCCAGCAAUGUCUGGAUACUCUUGUGAACAGGAAGCUGAAGCAGGAACUGCUCUUGUUCCAAUCAGUUCUCAAGGGAGAAAACCUGUAUCUGGUGGCAGAAACUCUGGAGAAUGCAAAGGAGGAAACCCUGAAAAGCCAACAGCAAUACGCAUUUUGGGGCCAGAUCUAUCAGGGCCGUCUCAGCUGUGAGCGCAAGCACCAAAGGGAGGUGACCGUCCCCCCGCAUCAGGUCCUGGGCUAUCGGAUAGAGCAGCUCACCUUCCCCAGCAAGCAGAGAAGAAAGAAGGAUGGCGGGUCAUCCUAUUCAGGAAAGUCCUUGUGUUUGGAGGAUUCCAGAAACCCGGAGGUGAAGGUGCAGGACACGGUGAGAAGCCUCCAGGAUCUGACUGAGGAGCGAAGAGAUGUGCUCAACUCCCUCACUAAGUUCCUCGGCAAGGAUGAGCUGCAGGACCUACAAGAAAGAGUAUCUGGCGUUCUGUGCCCUGCUGAGCUGCAGCUGGAGGACCCAGCUGGUCCUCUCCUUUGCCGCGUUUUUAAUGCUGCUGGGAUCUUGGUGGAAGCGCGCGCAGAAGCCAUUCGGGGCCUCCCGGAUGCCUUGCUAGAGCUGUCUGAGGAGCAGCAGCUUGUGACUGAGGCUCUGGAGAAGGGAACCCUUUCCCCGUUGAAAGACCAGGUGGAGUUUAUCUUGAAGCAGAACUGGGAUGGGCAGGUCCACAAUCCUCCUGACAAGGGCUGGGACCCCGAGGCACGAACCCUGGCCCUCUAUGUUGCUGUCUCCAUCCUGCAGCAGCUGAGUGGGGAGACUGCCUCUGUCUCUUCCUAA